AUGUCCGUCAUCAUCUGCGGCGCCGGCGUCGUCGGCCUCUGUCUCGCCCACGGGCUCAAAAAGGCCAACAUACCCUUUGAAAUAUACGAGCGCGACACCCACGUCGACGCCCGCCCCCACGGCUGGGCCAUCACGCUGCACUGGGUGCUCCCCUACCUGCGGCAGCUGCUCGACGCCGCGACGCUCGACGCCAUCGACGCCGUCCAGGUCGACCCGGACAUCGGCCGCUGCGACCGCGGCAACUUCCUGUUCCUCAACCUCGCCACCCUCGAGGCCAAGUUCCGCAUCCCCCCCAACGACCGCCGCCGCGUCAACCGCGAGCGCCUGCGCAAGGCCCUGCUGCGCGGCGUCGCCGGCCACGUCCGCUGGGGGAAGCGCCUCGCCCGCGUCGAGCUGGUCGCCGACGGCGGCGGGGUCAGGGCCGUCUUUGAGGAUGGCGACGAGGCUCGCGGCCGUCUGCUCGUCGGCGCAGAGGGCGCCAGCUCGCGCACCCGCGAGUUCCUCGUGCCCGACGCCCACGCCAACCACCAGCUGCCCGUCAAGCUCGUCGGCGCCGCCGUCGACCUGACGCCCGACCAGGCCCAGCCGCUGCGCGACAUCGACCCGCUGCUCUUCCAGGGCUGCCACCCGGAGACGGGCCACUUCCUGUGGGUGUCGCUGCUCGAGACGCCCGACACCAACGGCUCGCGCGCCACGCCCGCCGAGCACUACCGCGUCCAGGUCAUCAUCUCGUGGCUCGUCAAGGACCCGGCCGCCGACCAGGUGCCCGCCACCGACGCCGCGCGCCUCGCCGAGAUGCGCCGCCGCGCCGAGGGCUUCCACCCGUCGCUGCGCGCCGUCAUCGACGGCAUCCCCGCGUCGAGCCCCAUCAUGGAGAUUGCCCUGCAGGACUGGCCGUGCCGGCCCUGGGACAACCGCGACGGCCGCGUCACCCUCGUCGGCGACGCCGCCCACGCAAUGACCAUGUACCGCGGCGAGGCGGCCAACCACGGCAUCCUCGACGCCUUUUACCUGUGCCGCGCCCUCGAGCGCGCGGGCCACGGCGGGCAGUCGGCCCAGAGGCAGGCCGUCGACGAGUACGAGGCCGAGAUGACGCAGAGGGCCGCGCCCGCCGUGUUGCUGAGUCGCCAGGCCUGCCUCGACGCCCACGACUAUCACGGGCUCAACGAGAAUUCGGCCGUGCUGAAGAGGAGGGCGGUCCAGGCCGAGUGA